UUUCGUCGUCUGAUCUGUUGUGGGACCACGCAGGAGAGGAUUUAGAGGACAAUCCUUUAAUCAAUACCUACAACACCGAUACUCCUGCUAGACAGAGGGACAACAGGCCUGGUGUCCAUGGUGCUGGUCAUGAAGGUGUCCAUCUGUCCUACUAUCAGACAGUAAAGCUGUUGGAAAAUCUAGAAGAGAGCAGUGAAACUCUUAAACAGUACCUGGGAGACCUCAAUGAUACGUCGCAGGAAAAUGACAGGGAUACUACAUUUGUCAACAACAGUAGUCUGAGAAAGAGAUUUUGUCAGAAAUUUCUGCGAGUCCUGGAACAAACUACAGGCACAAAGACCAUCAUCUUUACCCUGCUUUUACAGGGAGUGAAUCUACUAAUCCAGACCAUCAUUGAUAUCUGGUCAAAGAAGGACGACGACAACGCAAUUGUGGUGAGUUGUGUCACCAUGAUAGUUCUACAGCUAGUCAACCUCAUCCUCAUCAUGUUUAGUUCAGUCAAGUUGGCACGGCAGCUGGUGGGGCGAAGAGUGAACGGCAUCUUACUGAUACAGUCUUACUUUGCGUCCGUUUUUUUGUUUGCGGGUCUCUAUACCGUUACAAGUCGACUUCAGCCUGGAUCUUGGAAGGAUAUUCGGGAGUCAGUAGAAGAGAAUCCUGGCCUCAUCAUUGCACUUUAUACCAAAUUUUUGUAUUUCUCUGUUUCCACAGCAACUUUAUGUGGUACAGCUAGUACUUCCCCAUAUGAGUGGUACAAUUUCAUAUUUGUGUCGCUACAGAUGUUGCUGAGUUUUAUGUAUUUUGCCUCGGUGCUCGGACAUGCUUUAACACCGAUUGCAGGCGACACUCCCAAGCUAAGGAGAUUGCGGGCAUUGUCAGAAGGGAGACAACUCCCAGAGCCCAUAACGACCUGUAUCAGGGCCACACCAAUACCGACAAACUAUGGAACUAUUAACGAUGGAUGAUUGUUAGUGACACAGAAUGGACAAAAUGUCUCCAUGGAAACAGAAAAGAAAAAUCAUCUUGCCAGAUCUGUUUAUUACUGACCGAAGUGUUUAAAGUGUUAAGCUUCAUAUUCAAGGAAACAGGAAAUGGAAGUACAUUCAAUUUUUACCAUAUUUUUAUAUAUGAAGAAACAUUUCCUAGGUAGUUCAAUGAUGAUGUAUUUUACUGGUUUUUUUUUCUUACACUCAUGGCUGGAACCAGACACAUUCUGAUAGAGUGAGAAACAGGGUAUGGGUCAAGGUCAUAUUAACAGUGUUGAUGAUCGACAGAUGUAUAUUACAUUUUUGUUUGGCAUUUGCAUUCAGAACAUCAAAAAUAAUCUUGAUGAGAAGUUUUAGCUUAUAGGGAAUAUUCCUCCGUAUAAACUUUUGUAUAGUGCAACCAUAUUUUGUCUUGCCCUUUGACCUCAUACAUCACUUUGUCUGGCCUCAAUGACCUUUACUUUACCUUUGACAUUUUGACCCAAUACUUUACUGUGUCUGGCCCCAAUGAUUUCUGAUUUACCUUAAAUGUUUUGACCCCAUACAUGAUAAGGUAGAAUCAAACACUCUUAAUAGAUAGAAGGGUCUUAAGGUGCUUUACCAAAAUUGUUAAUUUCAUGACCCUGGGGCCU